CAUUUGUUCCAACCAGUAAACAGAAGUGCAAAUUGCCGUGUAACUCUUUGCUGCCCCCAGGUGCCUGCCUGUGUCAGUCCUGUCACCCCUUGUUACGAUACAAACAAUUGCAUCAUACUGAAUGUGUGGUUUUAUUUAUCAGUUAUUUUAGCUCAAUCUAGUUUCAUAUGCAUAUCCCAUUUUUGACACAAGUGUGGCAUAGCCUAUUGCUUGUUGUUCAUGGUCCACAUGGAAAAGUAAACAAUAGCCACUGGGAAAUCUAGUGAAUGCAGCUUAAUGUGCACGUCAGACUGGACUGGCAUCACUGUCCGCGCGCAACGCUGUUCCUAUACGUGCAAUUUAAAAGCGUGCGCAUACGAGCAGUCAGAGGAAGGCAGCUUCAGUGGACAUCUCAUCAUUUCUCCAGAUCAUACAAAGUUUAUUAAAAAGCCUUAGCAUGAUAUCGGGUUUCCAGACGCGCACAGAAUAUAUUCUCCGUUUUGCUGAAAGAUGCCAGGAAGUUGGAGAAAUUGAUUUUCGGUGUAAGGAGUGAAUUUCUCCAUUGGAACAUGACUAGGUUGUCGUGCCUUGCCUCCGAGCCAAGAGGAGAAAUAUCACUGUGCGACUGACAGGAAUUUUACGCACCGCUGAACAAGGAUGCCAGAGGAGCUUGCAAACUGCAGUUUGUGUUGCUGUACCAUGACCAAUAAGAUAUUCAUGGUGGUCUUCAUGAUAUCACUCAUACUUGCCAUACUUUUUGGAAACACUCUGACAUUGGCAGUGGUCUUUGGAACUAAACACUUCCACACUCCACAGGGUUAUUUAAAAGCAUCGCUGGCUGUGGCAGACCUGGCGGUGGGAAUUUUCGUGGUUCCUGUGUCCGUUUACGCAGAAAUAUCUCUCAUGGUCCACAAUUCGAAACCGGAGUGGACAGUGCGCAAUUCCCAAAAUACAACUUUUCACCCUUGCAGUUUUAUCGGACCGGUGUUUGCGGGAUGCACUUUGGUUUCCAUCACAACCAUUUUCCUCCUGACCAUUGAAAGGAGCAUCGCCGUUUUGAAGCCGCUCCACAAGGAAUCUGUCAUCACCAAAAAAAGAACAAGCAUACUAAUAGUCUUUUCAUGGAUGGGGAGCUUUCUCUUGGCAACAUCCCCGAUAGUUUUCAGCAAUGAAAUCACACUGGAGUACAAUCCUUGCAGUAGAAUGUGCAAUUACGCAUUGGGAAGCACCGACUUCCCAUCCCAGGCUUGGCACAUUCUCUUACUCUUCCCUGCAUUUGACUUUACCCUCCUCGGGGGAACUAUUAUCAUCAAUAUCAUAUCCCUCACAACAAUUCGCCAGCACUCAAAAAGAAGAAAGCACCUCGCUGAGACCGAAAGGCAAAGCGCAACAAAACCAACCUUCUCUGACAUCAAGGCUGCCAAAACGAUAGGGACACUGACACUGGCUUUCACCAUGUCUUUCACCCCUAUUGCCGUGUUUGUCGUUGGAAAUGUGUUUGGAAACGAAUGGUGCACUUUUUCGUUUUUUGCCUUUUGGAUUUUGACCACAAACAGCUGUUGUAAUGUUAUUAUAUAUGGUGUGAGAGACCAGAAGUUUAGAAACCGCGCAAACCAUAUGCUCAUAUCUGCACACUUGAAGAAUGCGCCAAAAAGCUGAACCCUAAAUUGGGGGGGUUACAUUCACACAGACCUGCGUCUACCUACUUAUUAUUUAAGCGUCAUUUAGCUGACGCGCAACAGUAUAUUACAGGGACCCCUGGAUGAACCUGAAGUUUAAGGGAUAGUUCGCCCAAAAAUGAAAAUUCUCUCAUCAUUUACUCACCCUCAUGCCAUCUAAGAUGUGUAUGACUUUCUUUAUUCACCAGAACACAAAUGAAGAAUUUUAGAAGAAUAUUUCCGCUCUGCAGGUCCAUUCAAUGCAAGUGAAUGGGUGCCAAAAUUGUGAAGAUCCAAAAAUCACAUAAGGGCAACAUAUAAGUACUCCAGACAACUCUGGUGGUUAAAACCAUAUCUUCUGAAGCGAUAUGAUAGGUGUGGCUGAGAAACAGACAAAUAUUGAAGUCCUUUUUCCUUCACUUUCACUUUCUCCUUCGGUUUUUGGUGAUUCACAUUAUUUGUGCAUAUCGCCCCCUACUGGGCAGGGAGAAGAAUUUAUGACCAAAAAUUACUUAAAUAUUGAUAUUUUUCACCCACACCUAUCAUAUUGUGUCUGAACACGGAUUUAACCAAUGGUUUCAUAUGAAUUACUUUUAUGCUCCCUUUAUGUGGAUUUUGGAACUUCAGAAUUUUGC